GCCAUUUUACUUCCACCAAAAAGAAACUUAUGUCCCAAAGAAAAACAGAAUCAGUAACUGUGUAUAUGGGUGACCACAUCAAGGAUAGUUAUGUAGCAUUACACAAAGGGAUUAAGCCAGUGCAAUCAAGACACGGGCGUAGGAAAUACGAACACAAAGGGAGAAAUUUGGAAAAAUCUCCUGCUCGUUGUUGUCCAUACAAUGGCAGUGGAUAGUGACCAUCUCUUCAAGCUUCAAAAGGACACAGAAGUAUAAAUCAGAAGUCUAGUAUAUAAUUUACCUGCGACUUGUUUCUUGUUCUGAAGGCAUACGAUAAGGUUUGAGACUGAAGUGACGAGUUUUCUGUGACUGAAUCUCCUGCUGAUCUCCUGCAAGACACUUGACUCCUCACUGAGGAGACAUGGAGGACCUGAGGGGAGCUGAGUUUGGGGGUUUGUUGGCUCCCAGCCCACAGAGUGAGGCUGUAACCCAUGAGAUGGGCGAGCUGUCACUGCACCCCAGCCAGAAGCUGCCUCCCCUCAAUGAGCGCAAGAACGUUCUCCAGCUAAGGUUGCAGCAGAGACGCACCCGCGAGCAGCUUGUUGAUCAGGGCAUCAUGCCACCCCUGAAGAGCCCAGCAGCCUUCCACGAACAGAUCCGCAGCCUUGAGAGAGCCAGGACUGAAAAUUUCCUAAAGCACAAGAUCCGCAGCCGCCCAGAAAGGGCUGAGUUGGUUCGCAUGCACAUCUUACAAGAGACGGUGGCAGAGCCCUCACUGCAGGCCACACAGCUGAAGCUGAAGAGAGCUCGAUUGGCUGAUGACCUGAAUGAGAAGAUCGCACAGAGGCCUGGCCCCAUGGAGCUGGUGGAAAAGAACAUCCUGCCUGUAGACUCCAGUGUCAAGGAGGCCAUCAUUGAUGGUCAAAUGCAAUACCCCAAAAUUCUGGAGGGCUAUCCAAUAGACGAGGACAGUGGUGAUGCUCUUUCCCCUGAGCAGCCAGGCAGUCAGGAGUCCCAAGGAUCUGCAUCCUCACCUGGAGAGGCCCGGACCAUAGAGGUGCCCUCGCCACUGCCCAAUAACUUGUUACAGCAGUGUCCACUAGUCACAAACACUUCAACAGAUUUCCUCAAGCCUUUUUCCACUAAUGAGCAAACAGUUAGCCCUCCAGCACCCAUGAUACAGCCAGUCACCACUGUGGCCCCUGCAAAGUCUGGACUCACCCUUAUAAAGAUGCAAAUGGGGAACUCGCAAUCUUUCUUCUAUCUACAGCAGAGUCAUCCUAAGUUACCUGGAGACAAGAGUCGCAGCAAGAAGAGCAAGGAGGCCAAGCCACGUGUUAAAAAGUUGAAAUAUCAUCAGUACAUUCCCCCAGACCAGAAACAAGAACCUGACCAAGCCCCAAUGGACUCUUCAUAUGCACGCUUGCUACAACAACAACAGCUGUUUCUGCAGCUACAGAUCCUCAGCCAACAGCAACAGCAGCACUACAACUAUCAGACAAUCCUCCCUGCACCUCUCAAGCCUGUGAUAGAAGGCCAAAACAGCAGUGCCACAGUGGCUAUCAACAGCACCAGCAGCCUUCCUGCCUCUAUUGUGGUGUCUCUGCCCGCAGCAACACCUGUGCGACCCAACAGCACCCUGUCCAAUCGCAAGGCUGGCACACUGCCAGCCAACCUGGAGGAGAUGAAGGUGGCAGAGCUGAAAAUGGAGUUGAAGUUACGUGGUCUUCCAGUGUCGGGAACAAAAACAGACCUUAUUGAACGGCUUAAGCCUUUCCAAGAUAUCCAUGUCACUGCUGCACCCAACAAGUGCAGCAGACCUAAUACACAGCCCUGUGGCACACCAAUGGAGGUAUUCAGCACCACUACAACCCUCUCCUCCGACCAGCAGCCCUCUGAAAACAUGAGCUCCACCCCGUCCUUAUCUCCUGGUUCCUCAGAGCUUCAGUGCAGAGUUGAGGCAUCCAUGGAGGGACAGGCUGAAGCCCAGAACCGCAUAAGCAAUAAUAUGGUUAAGGCAGCUCCUGUUCCCGAGGAGCAGGACCGAAGACUACAUGAAAAGGAGCGGCAGAUCAAGGAGCUGCUGCGUAAACUGGAGCAGGAGCAGAAGCUGGUGGAGGUGCUGAAGAUGCAGCUAGAAGUGGAGAAAAGAAGCGGACAGGCCGUCCCAACUGUAGAAAGUAACAACAUUUCCAGCCCAGCCUCUAUCUUGGCCUCUGUGAAGACAGAAAGUACUGUUCCUGCCAACUGCACAUUGGGUUCACACACUACACCAACACUGGUGAAACUCGAAGAUGCACACCCCACCCAGGUGACUGCUACACCUUUUCCUCAGUUCAUUAUCAGCCACAAAGGGGUGUCACAGGUCAUAGGACAACCCCAGACUCUACUUACCACUCAACAUGGGGGCACUCAGAUCCUUUUUCCAAUGCCCCUGGCAAAUAAUACCACUACCAUCCAGCUACCCACUACUAAUGUCAAACUACAGCCAGUUUUGCACGCUUCUGUCUCACCAUCAGAGCCAGGUCUCAUUCAGACUGCCCAGCUACAGCCCACCAAAGCAGAGAGUCCUUCAUCACAGCAGCUAGUCAGUCACAACCACAUGGUUCGGACCCUGCCUGUGGGCGUCUCUGAGGGAUCAGUUUUCCAACACGGUGCCAGUGAGAACCCAGCAGGCCUUGAGAUACCUCAGUGUUUCCUGAGCAGCUCCCCAGAGCAUAGGAUCUCUCCUCAGGCAUCCCCCAUCCCACCCUGCCUUAUCAAUGGGCCCCUAAAUAAGCAACCCACAGCUUUCACCCAGACGCCCAAAAACAAAGAGCCGCCCCGCUAUGAGGAGGCUGUCAAACAGACCCGCAACCUACAGAAUCCUACAGUCGCAGAGAGUCCCACAGCAACGAGCCAACAGAUGGAUGAACUCUUUGACAUUUUAAUAGAAAGUGGUGAGAUGACCCCCUUUAGUCAACAAGACCUCUCUGUGCCUAAGAUGAUGCCUGUCACUGCUAGCAUCACCACCCUGCCUAUCAACACCGCCCUGUCCCGACAGCCCGCCCAGGUGCAAAUGGCACCCCCACCGGCACUCAUGGCGGAGCCCAUGCCCAGCCUAGCUUCCUUGGACUCUGACAACCAGUUGGAGGCUCUGCUAGAGGGCACGCUGGUCGGGGACGCGGAGCCCGAGCAGAGGACUUUGGGCCUGUUGGAGGAGCUGCAAAACCAGAUCCUGGAGCAGCCAAACUCCCCGAUGGACACAUCCGAGCUGGGUUUCUCCGACCCACCUCCUACUUCUCUCUCCUUCAGUUUGCACGACACUGGCCUGGACAACAUGGAGUGGCUGGACCUUACUAUGCCCGGGCCCAUAGGUGGACUCAACCCGCUGGGCAUCGCCUCUGAAUUCCUAGACACGCACGACCUGCAGCUACACUGGGACUGA